CUCGUUACUAUCACAGUUGUAUACAGUAUUUAUCUUUUCUUACGCAACUCUACACAGCAUGUCCACCUCUAACACUCCGGGCAAGACCGCCAUGGCGCCUACGGCGCGCACCUACGCCGCUGUCUUAGCGGCGUCGCUGUCGCCUUCACCUUCUACCAAGGUCACUAAGAAGGCUAGGAUUGAAACUGCAGUGACCGGCACUGUGGCUUUCGCAACUGCGGGAUCCCCCCUGAAGGACGGGGCUCAAAAGCGCACGGAGCAGGCUGCUCAGCCCGCUGAGUCACAGAUCGUCAUGGACCUGACGAACAGUGACGAUGAGGCGGGCCCCGUGAAGACGGCGCCGGUUCCCAAGGCCGUGGCAAAGGCGCGCACCAUCAGUGCCAUGCUGAUGUCGGCCGCGCGCGGCGCUGGCACUCGCACUGUGGCGCCCACCGCCAAGGCCGCAAAGACCGCCGCGCCCGCUGCCAAGAGCGCCGUGCCCGCGGCCGCGCCCGCUGCCAAGAGCGCCGCGCCCGCUGCCAAGAGCGCCGCGCCCGCUCCCGCGCCUGCUGCCAAGAGCGCCGCGCCCGCUGCCGAGACCAGCGCCACACCCCCUGCCAAGCCCGCCACCGUAAAGGAGUCGCUCGCGGCCGCCGCCGGUGGCCCUGGGUCGUCGAUUCCUGCUACCCCGCCAAUUGUUGAUGUUGACAACGAAAGCGACAUGGAUGACGUUGAGGCUAGCGAAGACGAUGGAAAUGACAAGGUUGCAGACAUGGGCACGAAGCGUGGCCGCAAUGCCUGCGGCCAUGGCGCCAUCGAUUGGAAUAAUGAAUCAGUGCGUAUUGCGAAGUUCGUCAACAUCAAGAACACCAGCCGUUGGAAUGGGAUCGGGCACAAUUUCGUCAGGACUCCUGAGUGCACGUUCUUGUGCCUUGCCUGCAUGAAGCACCCCGGUGCGAAGGCCUCUGUUUGGACCAAGGGCGGCAACAAAGUCAUGAACAUGACUUUGUUCAACAAGCACCUUCUCUCCAAGAACCAUCUGGACGUUAUAGGCGCGGCUAAGAACCACACGAAGAUGUCCAACAUUGUCGAGAAGCAGAAGGUCAAGCUCAACCCAACGCUGUGCAGCCUAAUCCGUUCGGCUUACGCCUGCGGCAAGGAUGCCAUGCCCCUGACCCACUAUGUGAAGAUGGUCAAACUCCAGGCUGCGAACUGCGCUGACUGCAAGCAUGACUGCAAGGCGCAUACGUGCCGAAAAUGCGAUGCGUCCAAGGCAUGCGGCAGUGGUAUCACUAUUUCCGGUCCAUACCACACCGCGGAGAAAGCGUCGGAAAUGCUGGCUUGCCUGUCUGAGGCAAUUUCAGAGGAACAACUCAAGAACAUCAGGGCAUCUCCUGUCAUCUCCAUGAUGAUUGAUGAGUCUACUGACCGCACUGUUUCGCACAACCUGGCCGUGUACAUUACAUACGUGGCGCCCGAUGACAGCAUCAAGACUGAGUUUCUGCAACUGGAGGCAAUGAACAAUGGUGCCACGGCCGUGAACAUCUAUGACAGGCUCAAGGAGGUGUUCACGGAGAGCAAGAUUGAUUGGAGUAAGCUUGUCGCCUUCACCAGUGACGGUGCCAACGUUAUGGUUGGGAAGCACUGUGGAGUGGCGACCCGCAUCAAGACGGAUUGGCCCUGCGUCCUGACUAGCCACUGCGCUGCGCACCGACUGGCUCUGGCCUGUGCGGACUUCUUCAAGGAGUUCCCUGCCCUGGUCAAGGUGGACAACAUGCUCUCUAAGAUCUACAACUACGCCAAGACCUCGACAGUGCGAACCGCUGCUCUGAACGACAUGUACAAGGAAAGGAAGGCGAAGGCAUACAAGAUCCUGAAGCCGCACACGGUUCGGUGGCUUUCCCGGUCUGAGUGUGUGAGGCGGAUCAAGAUUACCUACCCGAUCCUGCUUGCCUUCUUCAAUGAGCGGAAGAAGGACAAGAAGGAUGUGGCCGCGGCCGAGAUUUACGAGUGGCUCAGGCAGGUGGACAACCUCCUGCUCAUCACCUGCAUUGACGGAGUUCUGGCUGCAACAGCGGAAUUGAGCAAGUGGUUCCAGCAGAGUGAUCUCGCCCUCGUUGACGUGCAUCAGUACCUGGAACUAGGGCUACGGCACCUGAUCAACGCCUACACCUACCACAAGGAGGGCGAGACGUCGAACGCACCUCCAUCCUUUACGGCACCCAUCCAGGCCCUGAUCAAGGACCUUGCAGCGAAGGAUGGCGUGUUCCACGGCCACCAGAUGGUGCUGACAACCCCUCCCACGACGAUCGCGCCUGCCACCACCACCACCGCCACCACGACAGCGGAGUCUGACAGCGACAAUGACGGCUCUGACACCAACACUGACACGACAGCGGAGUCUGGCAGCGACGAUGAUGACACGGCACCUACGGCACCGAGCUGGGCGGCUUUCCCUCAGACUCUAUUCCGCAGCAAGCUUGCUCUCAGCAGCAUGGUCAAGAAGCUGGUUGAGAACAUCAAAAUGCGAUUCCCCGCUGAUGUCUCAGUGGCUGCAAAGUUUGGGGUGCUGGGCCCCCGUGCAUUGGCUGCUGAUUCCGGUGUGCCGAAGUAUGGCGAGGAAGAGGUGGCCGCUUUGGCACAGCACUUUAAGCCCGUCUUGGGUGAUGAUUGCCUGUUGGCAGUUGACCAGUGGGUGAUGGCUCGGGCGCGCCUGAUUGCAGUGGCAAAGGAGCAGAAGAAGAGUGGUGAUGUUAUGAAGGCGAGGCCGUUCUAUGAGAGGCUCUUGUCGUGGCUGUCUGGCAUGGGCCGUGAGCUCACUGUCCUGGUGCAGAUUAUGCUUGUGCUGCAGCCAUCUACGGCAGAAGUUGAGCGUGGCUUCAGCGCGAUGAAUGACAUCAAGACGCCUGGCCGGGCAAGCAUGAAGCUUGGCACCCUUGACGUACUGAUGCGUGUGCGCCUUGUGGGCCCACCAAUUGCGUACCAGCAGCGGCCUGUGGCUGGUGUCUCCCUUGCCCCGUAUGCUGAGUUUGAUGCAACGCUGCUGGGGCCUGCAGUUCAGAAGUUCGCUGCAAAGCUUGGCCGCGUGCCCCAGCGCAGCAGCCACAACGCCCGCCCGUCCCGUGUGAAGCAUCGUGUGUGUGAGAUUGAUGUCAAGGCACUUCUGAAGGAGGCUGAGGAGGAGGCCGUUCAGAAUGUGGAUGUCUCGUGCUAAUAAUUUGGCAUACGAACGUUUGAAUUCUUUGAAAGCGGUCCAUCUAGCAAAUACAUACCCGAUACGAUUGUGUAUGAUUGAAACGUUGAAAGAAGGGACGAUAGUGUAUUGGGGAUUCGAUGCACGAGGGUGUGUGCCGACGUGUGAAGAUGACUAAACUGGAAGCGGUUAGGCCGCGAUGGCGCUCUGCCUGUGUGUAUGUGCGGUAGAACUGUGACUGGUCAUGGCUUUGGCCCCGGCACUUCGGUGACAGCAAGCAGUUAGCAGGUAUAGCAUGUACGCCGCGCAGGCAAGCGAAGGCUCAGAGUUGCUUGGGGAAACGCGCUGCGACAUGCCUGUGCAUAUGAUCGCAUUUGGACUUGUUCAUUAGUGUUGCACUGCGUGAAACAGAUACAAAAGCCGCCGUUUACAGUUGCGAAAAAGCGAAAUUGCAACAUGUCAAGAUGUCUAGACAUUUUACAUGGCUUCCACAAAGGCACUUUGUCUAGACAAAAAAAUCGUGGAUUUGGGGGCCUGUUUGUCUACCCCCUUGACAAAAAUUUCCGCUCCAGAGGCCAGGAAUGUCUGGGUCAAGACAUUCCCCCGCAAACAAGAUACGACCCCUGCUAUGCAGGCACGCAUGCACAUGCAAGGUGCGCAUCCCGGGGCCGGAGCCCAUAGUACGGCCUGCGUCCUUGAACAUCGCGCAAGCGCCCUAUACAUGUGUGUUGUAGCAUGUGUGGAGUGCUAAAGCUGAGCUGCCAAGUUGGUUGGAGGUCACGGGGAAGGGGAGGGGGCGCCAGGAGUGCGGCCGUGUGCGGCGAUGAUGGUGGUGUUGAGAAACACCGGUUUUUGUAGUAGUUGUAGCUGUUGUCGUCAGGGCUUGUCAGUGGACAGGUAGCAGGACCGUAACCGUCAUCCGUUUGCUAGCGCACCGUCAUCCACGCACCCAGGGAAGCCCCCUGUUUCAUGCAGGGGAGACGGCCCCCCUGGUUGCGACGGCUGCGUGCAGGCAGGCGGCCGAUGCUGCCCACACUGAUGAUAGGGCGGGGCAAUACAAAAACUUUUGAUGUACGGUAGGGCGCUUCCCUGCCCACUUGCCGGGGCAAGGUCCCCACACUCCGGGGCUCCGGGCGUACGGCCAGCGGGCCAGGCAACAACCCCGCCGCUGCACCUGAUGCACACAGUAAGCAGCACACGUGAAUGCGACAAAGCAGGGAUGUUAUGCCUGCGGUCAGAUGACCACUAGGGUUUAAUCAUGAAACGCAGCUAGGCCGCGCCUUCAUUGGCCCAGGAGUUGAUGCAGGGGUGAGUGCGUGCAUCUGUCCGCCGGGAGUCCAAGAGGGUUAGAGGCUGCCCGGGCGGUGCACGUGAGCAACGGCCAAUCGGCCAUCCCCGAGUCCCGUAGUCCCGUACAGCGUCUCCAAGUCCAAGUCCAAGUCCAAGUCUCCAAGAGGGUUAGAGGCUGUGUCAAGCCAAUCUGCCGGCAGUGCAUAUCGCCGUCACAGGGCGUGCGGGUCAGUGCAGGUCACAGGUUGACGUGUGUGUGGGCUAGGGUUAGUGUGCGUGUGCGUGACUUGGCGAGCAUGAGACUUGCCGUACGGUUGUUGGGGCGCACUUAGCGGACAGUGACGCCUAGUAUCAGCGCUGUCCGCUGAUACUCCAGAUUGGCACUACAGUACAUUGCUUAUGUAACUGUGACCUCGAACGAGCAGACUGAUCACCUGUGAGCGCGAGGAGGCCGGGCGUGUUCAGCGGCAGUCAAGUCUAGCACAUUUGGCCAGCUAGCGAACGCGAGGGACGUCGAGUAGCGGGUGAAAGAUAACCCCUACAGCGAAGGACUGCGACGGCAGUCCACUCGGUCCGAUGCGAUGCCCUCUCCACACUUUGCUGCGUAUCAGGGGCCUCUCAGCUCAGCUAGUUGCACGGCGCCAGUAACAGCAUUCAUGCGGGAGCGCCUCGUGUUACGCGACGUGUGGCCCAAACGCGCUGGGUGGCCCAAACGGGGCGGCGGGGCUGCCAGCGGCUCAGCCGAGUAUUGUCGCGCAGCGGGAAAGCAUGCUGGGGGGACAGGUGUACGGUGCCUGCUAUCCCGUUACUUGCUGGUCUUUGGCGGUGAAGUCUGGGGCAUUGGUGGUGCGCGAUUUGGUGGACAGGCGCGAGUGAGAGUGAGUUGCAGUUUCGGCGCCAGGGCGCCCGCUUUGCUUCGGUUUCCUGACGUGGGGCGCCGUGCAACACCGCGCCGGGUGGCCCACAUGGGGCUGCGGGGUUGCUAGCGGCUCAACCGAGUACGGUAUUCUCUUGUUGCGAGAGAACGAUGCCGCUCUUCCGUUACUUGAUCUUGAUCACUUGGCGGGUCGAGGGAGCUAACGCUGUGUGUGCAAGGAUGUUGGUGCUUGGUGGAAGUGUUGAAUCGGGCGGUUAUCGUUGGUGUGGCAUUGCAGUUGGCCUUAGCGCGCCACAGGUCUGGUUCUUGUAGCAGUGACUUGAGGAGGAUUGCUGUCCUGUCCCUCUAAGUACCAACCUCGGCUGUCCUUACAGACCUCUCUCGGUUGUGGGGGGAAGUGAAGGGACAGGUGACGAGCUAGGCACAAACCGGCAGAUGGUCGUGACAGCUGCCCUGGCGGUGCACGUGAGCAACGGCCAAUCGGCCAUCCCCGAGUCACGUAGUCCCGUACUGCGUCGAGCCUUCCCACUGGGCGCUUCCAUGGGAGCAGGGCCUACUAGCCCAAGGCGUAAAGUAGAGCUGUCGGCGCUGCAGGUGGCAUGCCCUUGAGGCCUAGAGCAGGGCGUCCGCACAAGUGCGUGUUCGCUGGCUCGUAAGCUGCAGCAGGUCCCUCGUGUAUCAAAUGUAAUCUUCCCAAGAG